AUGACCCGGGACACGUUCAUUGAGCUUUGCGAUGUUCUUGAACCUCUUGUGGCACCAGAUGUGUCAUGCCCCCGGGAGGCUGUUCCUACUCGGAAGCGAGUGGCUAUUGCCCUUUAUAAACUAGCAACCUGCUCUGAGUACAGGGUAAUAGGUGAAACGUUUGGUGUCAGCAAAACCACCGUACACAGGUGUGUGUAUGGGGUUUGCCAAGCUAUAUGCAGCAAACUGAUGAAAAGAAAAAUCAGUUUGCCAGACGUGGAUGAGGCCCUGGAGAUUGCACAACGUAAUUAUGAGUCACAUACAGUAAAAUACCCCAGGUCUACGGUACAAUCGAUGGGUCUAACAUACCUUCGUGCCCCAAGUGAUGGCUAUCGCGACUACAGGAAGGUUUGGAUAUCAAUUGUCCUGCAGGCUGUCGUUGAUGAUCAAUUAACGAUCAGGGACAUCUGUGUGGGAUCACCUGGAUGCGCUCAUGAUGCUGCUGUGUUUGCCACAUCACAUCUGUUUAGAUAUCCAGCUAAACACCCCCAAGCGAUAAAGGACAUAGAAGGAGUCCGAGUGCCACUACUCCUCGCUGGUGACCCUGCAUACCCACUACUACCCUGGGUCAUGAAGGGCUUCUCUGGUCCCAAUUUGACAGCUACACAAGAGACUUUCAAUGAACACUUAAGUGCCAUCCGUGUGAAAGUUGAGCAUGCCUUUGGACACCUGAAGGCGAGAUGGCGUGUCCUGUCCAAGCAGUCUGAUAUAGACUAUAAUUUCAUGCCAGUGGUGGUGGCCGCAUGUUGUGUUCUACAUAACAUAUGUGAGAAGAAAAAACAGCAGCUACCACCUGCAGCAUUACAUCCUGCAGUACCCCAUGCUCAACAGCCCUAG